AUGUGGGAUCACAUACCUAAAAUUUAUAAUUGGUCAGAAGAAAAUCGUAAUUAUUUAAUCGGGAUGACAAAUUCCUUACUUUCUUUUGGAUAAUUAUUUGCGUGUUUAUUCAACGGAUUUUUAAUGUAAAAAUAUGGCAGGAGAAUUGCCUUAAUUUUGGGUCAUUUUAUAUGUAUGAUAGGCAGUUUAUCAACUUUUUUUAUAGUUAAUACGCCUUUAAUGAUGUUUGGAAGGUUCCUUUAAGGCGUUUCUUAAGGUAUUAUUAUUACAAGUAUGCCAUUAUUUAAUAUUGAGAUAUCACCAAAUGAAUAUAGAGGUACAGUGGGUGGUAUAUAGAGUUCUUUUUUUGGAUUAGGGCUUAUUAUAUCAUUUUUAUUCGGUUUAGGAUUAAAAGAUUAUAAUGAAAAUUAAGAAGAUAACUAUUGGAGGUUUAUCUUGGCAAUACCUUUUAUUUUUUCUAGUUUGUCUUUAUUAGGAUUUUUGGGAUUUGUAAGAUAAGAUUCAUUAUUGUUUUUAUAUUAGAAAUAUAAAGAUAAUGAGAAAUUUUUAAUAAAUAAGUUUAAAAUUUACUUAACAGAAAACUAAAUAAAAUUAUAAAUCGCUUUAUUAAAAUAAGCUGAAGCAUAAUAAUAAAAUACAUAAAAAUUAUCUGUAAUAAUUCUUUUUUCAAAAAAAUAUAAAAUGCCAGUUUUAAUAGGAUUGAUGUUUUUUUUAACUCCACAUUUAAAUGGAAUUGAUAUCCUUAAUAUCUAUUCUUCAGAAAUUAUUAAUAAAUAUGAUUCGAGGUAUAUUGCGAAUAUUUUUACAAUUCUUAUUGCUGUUGCGGAUUUUAUAUCCUGUUUUCUUUCUUUACUUAUUAUUAAUAAAUUUGGAAGAAAAAAUUUGUAUAUGAUUGGAUAAUAAUGUUUAGCCUUUAUUAUUAUUUUAUAUGUAUUUUUAAGUUAUAAUGAUUAUAAAUCUUACCUUAAAUAUAUAUUAGUACUCUAUAAAUUUACUUAUGGAAUAUUUCUAGCUAAUAUAUUAAUUUUGUACACUUCGGAAAUACUGCCAGCAGUUGGAAUUUCGCUUAUUAAUACUGUUGCCUUAGUUAUAUAAUUUGGUUUAUCUUAGACUUUCCCAACUUUAAUCUCGAGCGAUUUAUAAGUAGAAGGUAUAUUUUUAAUUUUUUCCAUUUUUUCGAUUAUUUUUGUUAUUAUUGCGAAAUUUUAUAUGAAAGAAACAAAAAAUAUUCAAAUUUAAGAUUUAGCUAAUUUAUAUAAUUGA